UGUGAUAUCGGGAAAAGGUUUUUAAAGAUGAAGUUGGUGUUUCUCAUGUCGUUCUUGCUCCUGCUUAUUGUGUGUUCUUCAGGAUUUGAGGAAGAUGGAGUGAUUGACACUGUCCAAUAUUCCUUAAACAAGGUUCAAGAGGCUAUUCCGAAGGUAACGGAUUAUGAGGAACCAGGCCCAAAUCCAGGACAUGACCCAACUAAACCCGGUUAUGGAAGGCCUCCACCACCGCACCACCGAAUAAGAAAUCCACAGAAUAAUAACUGAUAGCCACCGUGCUGAGGCAAAAAAAUAAUGUGUAAUAUGAUUAUAUUGGAGUAUUCCAGCUUUACAAUUAUGAUAUGUACUGCCGAAUCAAUCAUUUAAA